UGCAGAGAAACCAAACUGGCUUCGCUCUUAGGAUGCAGAAGUCACCAGUGGAAGAUGCGAACUUCCUCUCCAAAUUUUUCUUCUGGUGGACAUCACCGCUGUUGAGGAAGGGCUUCAGAAAGAAGUUGGAGCUGACAGAUGUGUACAAGGCUCCUUCGUUUGAUUCAGCAGACAACCUCUCCGAAAGACUUGAAAGAGAAUGGGACAGGGAGGUGGUGUCAGCCAAGAACAAGCCCAGGCUGAUGAGAGCACUGGCUCGCUGCUUCUUUGGCCCUUUCGCCUUCUUUGGUGUCCUCCUCUACUUUGGGGAGGCAUCCAAGACAGUGCAACCUCAGCUUCUGGGUCGCAUCAUUGCUUCCUUUGACCCGUUCCAUGCUCCGGAGCGGAGCCAGGGAUACUUCUUGGCCCUGGGCCUCAGCCUCCUCUUCACCGCCCGCUUCCUCCUGUUGCAGCCUGCCAUCUUUGGCUUGCAUCAUCUGGGCAUGCAGAUCCGCAUUGCCCUUUUCAGUCUAAUAUACAAAAAGACCUUGAAGCUGUCCAGCCGAGUCUUGGAUAAGAUCAGCACAGGUCAGCUGGUUAGUCUGAUGUCUGCCCACCUCAACAAGCUGGAUGAGAGUCUGGGUCUGGCCCACUUUGUGUGGAUCACCCCUCUGCAGUGUAUACUGUGUGGAGGUCUGCUCUGGGAACUGAUCGAUGUGAACAGCUUCUGUACCCUGGCAGCUCUGACGCUGCUGGGCCUCAUCCAGGCCUGGCUCUCCCAGAAGAUGGGACCUCACAGGGUCAAGCGAGCAGGGAUGAUCAGCCGCCGCCUGGCCCUCACUUCAGAAAUUGUAGAGAACAUUCACUCUGUAAAGGCUUACGGCUGGGAGGAAGUGAUGGAGACCAUCAUCAAAAACAUCAGACAAGAUGAGGUGACACUGACCAGGAAGAUCGGCUCUCUGCGGUACUUCUACAGUGCCUCGUACUUCUUCUCUGCCAUCUUGGUCAUUGUGGCAGCCAUCGUGCCACAUGCGCUAAGUAGAGGCGUUAUUCUCCGUCGAAUUUUCACAACAGCCUCCUACUGCAUGGUGCUACGAAUGACAAUCACCCGCCAACUCCCAGGUUCCAUCCAGAUGUGGUACGACACGCUGGCACUGAUCAAGAAGAUUGAGGAGUUCUUGAUGAAGGAAGAACACAGAGUGCUAGAGUACAACCUGACCACCACUGAACUGGAGUUGGUCAACGUGUCUGCAUCCUGGGAUGAGGGUAUUGGUGAGCUGUUUGAGAAGAUCAAGCAGGAGAACAAGGCAAAUGGACAUUUGAACGGUGACGCCGGACUCUUCUUCACCAAUCUGUAUGUCACACCUGUCCUCAGAAACAUCAGCCUUUACUUAGAGAAAGGCAAGAUGCUUGCGGUGGCUGGAUCCACUGGCUCAGGAAAGAGUUCCCUGCUCAUGAUGAUCUUGGGAGAGUUGGUGCCAUCAGAGGGUAAAAUCAGACAUAGCGGUCGCAUUUCCUUCUCACCACAGACUUCUUGGAUCAUGCCAGGAACAAUUCGUGACAACAUCCUGUUUGGCCUGACAUAUGAUGAGUACCGCUACACCUCCAUUAUCAAGGCUUGCCAGCUGGAAGAGGACUUUGCGUUGCUGCCUGAAAAAGACGAGACCCUCCUCAUUGAAGGAGGGGUGACCCUCAGCGGUGGUCAAAGAGCACGCCUCGGCCUAGCCAGGGCUGUGUAUAAAGAUGCUGACCUCUACCUGCUGGAUGCACCUUUCACCCACCUGGACAUAGUGACAGAGAAAGAGAUCUUUGAGAAAUGUGUCUGUAAACUCAUGGCUGCCAAGACUCGUAUUGUGGUCACCAGCAAGUUGGAGCAUCUCAAACGAGCAGACAAAAUUCUUCUUCUGCACAAUGGAGACUGUUACUUCUAUGGCACCUUCUCAGAACUACAGGCCCAACGCCCAGAUUUCAGUUCCCUGCUGCUCGGCCUGGAAGCUUAUGACAACAUCAACGCUGAGCGGCGCAGCUCCAUUCUGACAGAAACUCUUCGCAGAGUCUCAGUUGAUGAAACCGCUGGUUUCCGAGGCCCAGAGUCAGUUCGCCAGUCGUUCCGCCAGGCACCGCCUCCAAUAAUUGGUUCUCAGUCUCAAACCCAUCCUGUGAGUGAUGGCUACCCCGAGAAACGCAAACAGUCACUUAUUCUCAAUCCUUUGACGGCCGCCCGGAAAUUCUCCUUUAUUGGCAACUCUCAACAGACGGCAAAUACGCCCCAGUCCACAACAAUAGAAGACGGCGUUCGUGAACUUUCAGAGAGAAAAUUCUCUGUCGUACCUGAGGAUGAUCAAGUAGAGGAAGUGCUCCCGAGGAGUAACCUGUACCAUCAUGGGUUGCAGCAUCUGAAUGGGCAGCGGCGCCAGUCUGUCCUGGCGUUCAUCACCAAUGCUCAAGGACACGAGCGCAGAGAGCAGAUGCAGUCAUCCUUCAGGAGAAAGCUAUCUAUCACACCACAAUGCGACCUGGCGUCUGAGCUGGACAUUUACGCUCGCCGCUUGUCCAAGGACAGUGUUUUUGACAUUAGUGAGGAAGUGGACGAAGAAGACAUGCAGCAAUGCUUUGCAGAUGAGCGUGAGAACGUCUUUGAAACUACCUCAUGGAGCACUUACCUUCGCUAUGUUACCACCAAUAGGAGCUUAGUCUACGUCCUAAUUUUCAUCCUCCUUGUCUUUGCCAUUGAGGUUGCUGGUUCAGUCAUCGGUAUUUUCCUCAUUACUGACAAGAUCUGGAGGGACAGCGCCAACCCUGCAUCACCCAACUACAUUGAUGAGCAGCACCCCAAUGCCUCAUCUCCCCCUGUAUUCCUGGCAGUUAUUGUCACUCCAACCAGUGCUUAUUACAUCAUCUACAUCUUCGUAGCCACAUCAGAGAGCGUUUUGGCAUUGGGAUUCUUCAGGGGUCUUCCUCUAGUGCACACAUUACUCACUGUGUCCAAAAGACUGCAUGAACAGAUGCUUAGUGCUGUGCUACGAGCUCCCAUGGCUGUGCUCAACACUAUGAAAACAGGCCGGAUCAUGAACAGGUUCACCAAGGACAUGGCCACCAUAGAUGACAUGCUGCCUCUGGUGCUGUUUGAUCUCAUACAGCUAACAUUAAUCGUCGUGGGUGCCAUCUUCACUGUAUCCAUCAUGCGACCGUACAUUUUCAUUGCUGCCAUCCCAUUAGCUGUAAUCUUUGUUGUACUCAGGAAGUACUUCCUACGAACUGGACAGCAACUCAAACUGCUGGAGGCUGAAGCUCGCAGUCCCAUCUUCUCCCAUCUCAUCAUCUCACUGAAAGGAUUAUGGACAAUCCGGGCAUUUGAGCGUCAGACCUACUUUGAGAUGCUCUUCCACAAGGCCUUGAACACUCACACAGCCACCUGGUUUCACUACCUGGCUACACUGCGCUGGUUCCUCUUCCGCUGUGACAUGAUCUUUGUUCUGUUCUUCAUCGCCGCUGCCUUCAUCGCUGUGGGAACCAACCAGGACAAACCAGGAGAGAUUGGCAUCAUUGUGGCUCUGGCCAUGCUCAUCCUUGGGACUUUCCAAUGGGCUGUCAUCACCAGCAUCACUGUAGACGGACUGAUGCGUUCAGUGGAUCGCGUGUUCAAAUUCAUCGACCUGCCAUCAGAGGAGCCACUGCCAGGAAAAUCUGGUGGUAAAGGAGGCUCAGACCUCGUCAUCAACAACCCUCACGCCCACGACUGCUGGCCCAACCGCGGUCAGAUGGACGUCCAGGGCCUCACUGUCAAAUACACAGAGGCUGGACGUGCUGUCCUCAGCGACAUCUCCUUCUCUGUGGACGGUGGCCAGAGCGUGGGUCUGCUGGGUCGAACAGGUUCAGGGAAGAGCACCCUGUUGUCCGCCCUGCUGCGUCUCGCCUCCACUGAUGGAGAAAUCUCUAUUGACGGUGUUUCCUGGAGCUCUGUCUCCCUGCACACAUGGAGGAGGGCCUUCGGAGUGGUGCCGCAGAGAGUCUUUAUCCUGACUGGAACUUUCCGGAUGAACCUGGACCCACAUGGACGCUACAGUGAUGAGGACCUGUGGAGGGUGGCCGAGGAGGUUGGUCUGAAGUCAGUGAUAGAGCAGUUUCCAGACAAGUUGGACUUCCAGCUGGAGGACAGCGGCAGCGUGUUGAGCAACGGACACAAACAGCUGCUGUGUCUCGCCCGCUCCAUCCUCAGCAAGGCCCGCAUCCUGCUGCUGGACGAACCCUCCGCCUACCUCGACCCCAUAACACUGCAGGUCCUGAGGAAGACCCUGAAACAGUCGUUUUCUGGCUGCACCGUCAUCCUAUCAGAACACAGGGUGGAGCCGCUGCUGGAGUGUCAGUCAUUCCUGAUGAUUGAGGGCAGCUCGAUGAAAAGCUACGACUCCAUUCAGAAGCUCAUGAAUGAGACGAGUCACCUGAAACAGGCCAUGAGUCCCGCUGACAGGCUCCGCCUCUUCCCAACGCUGCACCGCCUCAACUCCAGCAAAAGGGCGCCACCGCAGACUGCCAAGAUCUCCUCGCUGCCAGAGGAAGCCGAGGACGACGUGCACGACACUCGACUCUAACUGGACCAACUGUACACGAUCACACACACACACACAUCUGCAUGGACAAAAACAGGGGUUGGAUUCAGUGCUUUGAUACUGAGGAUUGGCCAGAAUAAGCAGAGACAGCAUCUCAAUUAUUAUGUUUUAUUCAAUGCUAGAAGAACUUAAUUUAUACUUAAUCAGAAUCCUAAAUGACUAAAAUUAAAUGUGCAAAGAAAAAAGUUUUUACCCACAUUUUCAAUUAUAUUGACCUGAAAUGACACUAACUUGAUUUCUAGUAAAACUGCACACUUUGACCAAUAUAUUGGUUUACCCUUAUAUAUAUACUACUGUUCAAAAGCUUGGGAUCACUUAGAAAUGUCCAUGUUUGUGGAAGAAAAGCAUUUUUUCAAUGAAGAUAACAUUAAAUUAAUCAGAAAUACAGCCAAACAUUGUUAUUGUGGUAAAUGACUAUUCUAGCUGGAAACGGCUGAUUUUUAAAGGAAUAUCUACUAUACACAAGACAAUGGACUGUGGUGCACACCUGGCUUUGAUAUAACAAGGAUUUUUGUCCUACAGCAACCAAUCAAAGUGAGUUUACAUGGAACUGCCUGGGUGACCCCAAACUUUUGAAUACAUUAUAUAUGUACUAUAGACAUGGAACUGAACAUCUAAAGGCACAAGCCCACAUGACACACACCAAACACACACAAUACCAAGAAAAGCACUCAGAGUGCCGCACUCCUUCAAGACUGUUCAUUCCCUGACCUUGUGCUGAACACAGGUAGCAGAUGGCGGGAAUUGAUGGGACUGUGAAACACCCCCACAAUUUAUAAUAAUUGUUCCUUGUAUGAUUUCUGAUAAGUUGGCAGUGGUGAAUUUGUAUUAGGAUUGCAAUCAUGUGAUCGUCAGCAGGCAGCUGAGUUAGCGUUCACUUGUCGUCAUAGUUACAGUGAUGCCGUGCUGCUAUCUCAAUGGGAAAUCCUAGACAAAUCUGUGCAUCCAGACUAUAAGCCACAUCGCUGCCGAAAUCUAAUCAGUUGGUCCUCCUGUCAUUUCUGACCUUCCGUGAAAAUUUCCUUAAUAUCCGUUGAUCCGUAAAGUAGUGUGUGUUUUAUGGCUUGGCUACCUUUUGGUUGGCAGGUUGCUUCUGUAUCACUGUAUAUGGAGUCUAGUUUUCAAGAACCAAAUUAGUGUCAACUGAAUUCCAAAUUUCAAAACAAAAGUCCACAAAUCAGUUGGUGAUGUUGCUUUCUUGAUGUCCGUGUUUAUGCACGUUUUAUGGUUCCUCAACACAGAAAUUAUUUCAUGUCAUCAGAGAAAUUUGAAGCAUCCGAUGGGAUUCCCCUGAUGAUUAAAUGAGAGAAGAUUUCUACUUGUUCACUCAGAUGUGUCACUGAAAAACAGUGUGUUAUUUUGUCGAGCAUAGUAAAAAUUUGUUUUUUUAUCUAAAGGUCACAAAUAACAGGGAAAUGCACAGAUUUCUGUCAAAUAAGGGAACAGAUUUGUUGCCUUUACUGUACACAGUCAAGUCUACUUAUUGUCGUACAUAAUCUCCCUCCAGAGGCCAUUCUGAGCCGGGAUAACACCAUAAUUUGAAUUCUCUUUGAUGGGUGUAUUGUAUUGAAAUCUCUUGUGAAUAUUUGCCUCAGUGUCUUUGGUUAGUCAGUCUGACCCCACACUGCUGUCAACACACACACAUCAUCAGGAACAGUGACGCUGUCGGCUGAUGCUAAUAACGAGCGAUGACUCAAACACCCUUAUUUUUCUAUGUGUAUGCACUUUAGAGACACCCUGAGGUACUCAUCAGCCUUCAACACUCAAGUUAUUAAAUGCUGCACAACAAUUUUCCACCAAAUCCUCCAUGAAAUAUGUAAAUGACAAAUUAUAGUUUCAGCUUUCAUUUUCUAGCCUCUGUUUUUCAAUGAAUUCUAGACAAUAGCCAGUAAUUCAUCCAAAAAAAGAGUUUUCUAUGUGAAAUAAAGUCUAUUUUUUCAGAGUGACUGCUGUACAAACGCAAAACAAGCAUUUAGCAUUUCUGUGUUUAUCAUUUAAUACAUUCUAUCUGUUCUUGCUUCUGAAACUGGGAACCAUAACAUUAUUAUUAUUUUCUUCGGCUGAGGGAAGAGCCUGUCGCUCCUUUCAAACUGAAUAAUAGUUUUGUAAUGCAGAGAAUGAGGUACCAUGGAGAAAUGCCUUGAUAUGUUAACUGUGACAACAGAUUUUUUACAGUGUAAAUUAAGAACAGAACUGUUUCUUAUUCAUAGGAAAGGGACUUGGAUGUCCACAAAAAAGUGUAUAAAUGUAUUUGUUCAAUCAGCUAUAUUUGAAGUAAAACUUAAGAUUUUGACUA